UUAGAGGAAGCUGGCUUUUCUUCCUCAGGAAACUUGCAGAGGAAACAAAGGGAAUUGGAGAGCUCAUUUUGCUACAGAGACUGGACUGGAUCUUUUCUAUUCCAGAAGUACAGAACUAGCCUGGACUGGUGCCGUGGUAGGAGAGGAGGUUCGGUUUUGGUCGGUCCAGAGGGGAUGGACACCUUUCUGACCUCAUUUGGACUGAUGCUCAUGUGUGUCUAUUGCUCAGCUCAGAGACUCUCUCCAGCCGGGAAGAAUAUCUGCCACAGUAUCAGGGAUUCUUCUCCCACAUGUUGUCCCGGAUGGGGCCAACAUGGUGAUGAAUGCACUGUCCCCCUCUGUGAGGGCGAAAGAGCCUGUCUGCAGGACGAAGUGUGUGUUUACCCUGGACUUUGUCGAUGUAAACCUGGAUUUUACGGGUACCAGUGCAAAACCCGUUGUCCUCGUGAAUUUUGGGGGGCGGAUUGUCGUGAGCUUUGCCCCUGUCACCCUCAUGGGCUCUGUGACCCAGUUACGGGUGAGUGCUCGUGCCCGUCUAACCGCUGGGGCAACCUGUGCCAAAACAGCUGCAAAUGUGCACGUCAUGGGAAAUGUGACCCUGUCUACGGCAACUGCACCUGUGAGGAGGGCUGGUGGACGUCCACUUGCUCCAAAGCCUGUCAGUGCCACGCCGCUACAUCCACCUGUGACCAAGCCACAGGCCGCUGCUUGUGUAAUGAGGGCUACUGGGGCCAAAAGUGCAGCCUGCGAUGCAACUGCUUCGUGUCCCCCUGCCAGCAGCGCACAGGGGCCUGUCAGUGCAUUCGUGGCUGGUGGGGUCCGUCCUGUGACCGCCGAUGUAAUUGUAAUCUCAGCCAUUCCGACUGUGACCUGCAAACUGGCAUCUGUUUGUGCUACCCGGGUUACAAAGGCUCUGUCUGCAAUGAGCCUUGUGAAAGUGGAAAGUAUGGCAGAGGCUGUAAGGAGAGCUGUGGACACUGUGAAGGAGGCAGGUCUUGCUCUAAACAGGACGGCCUGUGUGAUGCCUGUGCACCAGGGUGGAAUGGCACUCGCUGUGACCAGAGCUGUCCUGCAGGUUAUUAUGGCCAUCGCUGCCAAGAGGUUUGUCCGCAUUGCAGAAAUAUGGACCCAUGUGACCCGGAAACUGGAGCAUGCUUACACUGUGAUACUGGGUGGACUGGACCAAGAUGUGACAAACCCUGCACAGAUGGUACUUACGGAGAUGGCUGCCGCUUCCUGUGUAAAACCUGCUAUCAUGGCCUCUGUGACUAUGUGACAGGAAGUUGCAUUUGUCUUCCUGGUUUCCAGGGUGAGAGCUGUAACAGCUCAUGUCCUCUUAACCUGUAUGGCGUCAACUGCUCCUCAACAUGUGACUGUGGGAAUCAUGCCUGCCAUCCAGCCACAGGGUCUUGUCCAAACAGUAGCAGAGCAGGUCUCAUAGCAGGGCUUUUGAUUCCUCUGUGCAUUUUAAUACUCGCCUUGUUGUUUUGCUGCUGCUGUUGCGGCAGGCCAGUCGAAGGGAAGGAAGGAGUGGCGGUAGGGGAUGGGAGCCCUACAGUCCGCAUGAAGCACCAUGUUUACACUGUGUUGGCCAACAUGGGUUCAGCUAUGCCAUGCAUUACUCUUUGGUCAUCUGGUUUACCCAGGGUUACAGUUGCUCAUCAUGAUCCCGAGCUCACAUUUAACCACAGCUUCAUUGAGCAGCCAUCAUCCGGCUGGGUGACUGAUUCAUUUGAAACUGAUGAUGAAGGAGAGGCCAUUUACUGUGAACCGCCCAGGGAAGAUGUUCUUACAGUGGCCGGUGGAGAGCUUCAGGAGCUGAACUCCAAGUGUAACUUCUUCCCUGACCCAUCAACCUUCAGCAGCGAGGACAUGUCACAAGAUUUUGGUAUCCCUCGUACCUCCAGCAUUGCCAAAUCCAAACGCCCUUCAGUAUCUUUUGCAGAGGGCACAAAGUUCACCUCUAAAGAGCGCCGUAGCUCGACCCAAGAUCUGCCAGGAACUACUCGGAAACCCAAAGCCUGGGGUGUGCUGAUGAUUUCUGCCCUGCAAGGAGGACAGGGAAACCAUAGUGAGAUAGAAACAGAAAAAGAAGAAAAAAACAAUGAGGAGAGCAUCUCCUCUGAGGAGCAAGCAGCUGCCUCUGAAACAUCACAAUCUGACUCGGGAAGAUAUAGUUCUGGCCCGCUCAGGACUCACCUCACUGUGCCCGGUGGGAGACGACGCACACUUUCCAAUACUAGGAAGAACACCCAGCCAUCUGAUGGCAGCCAUUCAGAUGCAGAUUCAGAGAAGUUAACAACUGUUUAUGUGACUGUAGGUAAGACCCAAAAGAUGGCUAAGGAAGAGCCGCCUUCAGAAGGGCCCGUUCAGGCAAUGCUGCGCAGAUUAGGCAGCCUCCAGAGACAAAAAGAGGAGGCUACCCAGCCCAAAGGCAGGGGGCAGGCGAUUGCCAAGCCCCCGCGGAAGAAACUGGGAGCACGGGCCAGUGCGUGGGAGCAAACUUCUGGGUCCGGCCAAUCAGAGGUGGUCAUGAGGAAGCCUAGUCGCAGGAAACACAGCUCCCUCAGCUCUCCCUGCACAGUAGGGGCAACAGACUUUCCUCAGGAGAACAGCACCCCGAAGAGGCCCUUGUCCUCUAUUUUAAAAAGUGUCCCAGAGAGCGAAACCCUCCAUAGUUUAGAGGUGGAGCAAGACACAGAAGUAGAUUGUGAGACAGACGCUCUGACAGAGCACGCUUAUGAGACUGUGGCUCCGUCUGAUGGGGUCUACACCUCUUCAGAGAUUAUUAUUAAUGAAACCGUUAUGGACCAAGCAGAAAAUGAGCCAAGUUAUGAGAAUGUUUAUGUAAAGCAUUCAUAAUAUUCCUGAAUCUUAAAGUUAUUGAUUUAAAGGGCAAUAUUUCCAUUUUAAGUUGUACUGUAUGUAAGUUUUGCAUAAACUGCAUAAACAUAUUUACAUCGAAA